AUGCGGGUUCAGAGCAACAUUAUUUUCACUGCGUCUUUCCUUCCCUAUGUUUUCUCUCGCCCAACCUUCGCCUUCUCUCGACGUGACUGUACCGCCCAAUGCGCACCCAUGCAACAAUCGAUCGCUUCUGCAGGUAAUAAUCUUGCAGCCCUGUGUACACAAACUGUUGUGGGUCAAUACGAAUCAUGCAUCAAUUGUCAAGUCGCUGGUGGGACCACGCUCCAACCUGAAGGACAAUCUAUCAUGGAUUCUCUAGUUCAAAGUUGCAAGGCGAUCAACAAACCCAUUAACGGUGCCACGAUAAGCGGUAGCGAUAGCGCAGGAACAGGCGCGCAAACGAACCAGAAUACCGCACCAGUUCAGCAACCGCCUCCUGCAGCACCAACUCAACAGCAAACACAACCUCCUCAGGCGCCUCCACCUGCGACAACCGAGCCAGUGGCAGCACCUCCGCCUGCUACGACCCCGGCACUUGAUUCGCCUGCCCCAUCAGAUGCACCUGUGGAUACUCCCGUUGCGGACACACCUGGAGCGGACAGCCUGAGCGACUACAACCUGCCGAGUACAACGCCAAUUGGUGGGGCACCUGCCGCCGAGCCCAGCCCCUCUAUUAUCCCUGCCGUAGGCAGCGGCGGCACCGGUGUUUCAAGUCCAAAUGCCAAUGCGGAUGGGAACACCAACUCUACUGGAUCCAGCAGUGGUAGCAUUAUUGGGGGAGCUUCAGCCAGCACUAACGGGGCUGUUGAACAGUUUGUUCUCAGUAAUGCAAAGGCGAUGGCUUUUGUUUUCUUCGUUUCUCUGGGCAUUAUGGUGUAG